AUAGAUUAUAUAAAUUUAUAUUAAGUUAUUUUAAGGAAAUAAAAGACUUUUCAAUAGAAAACAUGAAAUCAACAAUAAUCGCCGUCUAUAUCGUAUUUAUUGGAUCUAAACUUGAUUGCAAUGGUAUUGAAGUAAAUGCUAAGAACAAUAGGAAAGAAGUGGACAAAUGUUUUGACGACCAGAGGAAAGACACGUAUAGUUUUGUGCGAAGUCUAAGCCAUGGGUUGAUGUCUAUUGAGACGAAUUCAGCCGAAGAAAAGAGACGAGUGAAGAGCGCUCUGAGAGAUGUGGAGACAGCGUUACUCCAGAACCUUUUCACUGUAAGUAACAUUAGUGGCGAUAGUUUCUCCAAUUGCAAUGAAUUGGAUCCACAAAAGGGCGAUCUCAUAGAGUUUAAGAGAAGUCUAUACAGACAUUGGGCUGUAUUUGUGGGCUCCGGACGAGUGGUUCACUUGACGCCUGAAGAAGACGGUGUUUAUCGAUAUCUCAACGAAUCGUUGGUCGAAGUGGCCGGUAGUGACCUCUGCAGAGUCAACAAUCUAGAUAAUGAAGCCCUUGUGAGAGGACUGAGGGCCAGGGAUGUCAAUUCAAUUGUAGAGUCAGCCAAUUCAGUGGUGGGACAGUCGGCAGAAUUUGAUACAAUUCAUUGCGAGCACUUGAACCCACAAACGGGUGAUCUCAUUGAGUUUCAGAGGAGAUGGUACAGCCAUUGGGGAGUAUACGUGGGCUCCGGACAAGUGGUUCAUCUGACGCCCACUCCGAAGGGUGACUAUCGCUAUCUCAAUGAAUCGAUGGUCAAAGUGGCGGACAGUCACCUCUGCAGAGUCAACAACCUAUUUGAAGAGGCCGUUAAUCGUGGACUGAUGGCCAGGGAUGUCGACUCAAUUGUAGAGUCGGCCAACUUAUUGGUGGGACGGGCGGCUGACUUCGAUACCAUUCAGUAUAAUUGCGAACAUUUCGUCACUGAAUGUCGAUAUGGAAAGGGAUUCAGUGCACAGUCCGAUGGUUUCAAUAUUCCUAUCAUUAGGGAAGUGCUAUCAUUUGUGGGCCAUUUGUUUUUCACGUCCUCUUGA